AUAGCUGUAGGUCAAACAAAGCCGAAAAUCAAAAUGUCUUCGGACGCGUGAUCCCGGUAAAAGAACGCACGCGGUUGGUCUACUAUGCUCAAACUGCCGGCAGCCCUUUCUCUUACUAUAACAAGGCUAAUGAUACUAGUAAAGAGAACUCUGAGGAACCGAUGGAUAGGGAGUAUAUAUCAUCGCUCGUAGACCGGCAGCACACGGUGAGGAUGUACCUGGACGACGACAUGCUGGGCAGCCAGGGCUCCGUGCCCGUGUGCCGCGACGCGCCGCGCGCCUCCGGCACCUCCGACGACCUGUGCUCCUGCUGCCAAGGAAACUUCCUCGACGUCGAUUGCAAAAUUCGCAAGCGACCAUUCUACGCUGCGAACAUCGAUCAUGGAAACAUUUAUUACGACUCCAGUUUCUACGAUGUUAAGCCAGUAAAGGAAAAAACGGAUAAAAAUGAUCUAAUCGAAAAGGAUUUGACUUUUUUGCCCGAGUACUACCGAUUUAAACCAGAAUAUUGUUUAGAUAAGGAUUCAAUACCGCAAAAACACUGUAGUAGAAAACCGAUUCAGAAGAGGGAACGUCGUGCAAAGCCAGUAUUUAUUCCGAAUGACUCAUCUGCAACCGACGGUCUCGUUGAAUUUAGCCACGUUUACCCGAAACGUUUAUCACCGAAGGCAGAAGUUAAGCAUAACACGAAUAAGGAGCCAAAAAAUGCGGAGUGCACGGCACGGAGUGACAACACUGAGUUCCACGUGAGACCCGCGAAACCCAUUCAGACAUUGCAUACAAAUAACCUCACCCCUACUUCUAAUCUUCUCAGCGACCCCUUAUCCCAAAAUGCUGAAUGCAGCCAGGAAAUUCAAUGCAACAAUUGUCUCCUGGGACAGGUUAAAGCUCUUCAGACAUCAUUGUCGCAGUUGGAAUCUAACCAUAACGAUACAAAAACAACUUCAAAAAAUGCAGCCUGCUUGGUCCACCCUGUGAACGAAACGGAAUGCCAAACUGAUCCAUUAAAUAACGCUCAGUCGGAUUCGUCCAGGCCGCCUGAUAAGACCGAAUCUACCCUGAAUCAGAUCAAGACCAUGCUAGAAACAGUUCUGGUAGAAGUAAAGACAAACAACGGAGUGAGGAAUGUCUUAGCCGAAAAAGAGACAAAAGAUGCGGUUGUACAGAAUGAACAUGGGCCGACAUCAGAGAACGAGCGUCUCCUUAAUAGUAUCACGUACAGUCCUUACGCCAUGCUCAAUCCGUACAUGGCGUCCUGCUCACGCACGCUACCCUCGUACUGCAGCUCCAUGAUGCAUCAACCUGCCCCAGAUUUGACUUACGUUACAAACUUCCCUGAAAUGGUUCAUCAUCAAACAGUCGCCGCGCACUCCUGCUUUCCUGACAGAAAUGCGAUGCAUCCCAAGGUGACCUCGACAUGUGGCACUAACACAUUGCGCGAUCCGCCAAAGAGGCGAAACACUGAAACGGAAGAUCUUAUAAAAGAAAUUUAUAAAUCAAUCAAAUUAGACGUGGAUUACCCACUAAAGUCGACGUCGACCAAUGAAAGCAAGACGAAGGAUGCAUUUAAAGCGCCCGAGACCAAAACAGCACUGGGUCGUGAAGAAAUGGUCUUCAGGGGAGCUGUGGGCACGUCUAGAGCUGCAAGAUUAGGGAGCCCUAGCAGCCAUUCGAGCCUGACUAGACCCCAUCGCCGGGGCUCGCUACACCAGCCACCAAAACCAGCAACCAGCGCGCAGAGACGACAGUGCGUUUCUCAAGGAACGAAUAAGGACUCACAACUAUCAGAUUCUGAUAGCGAGAGCGAUGACGUUAUUCUGCCUUCGACUUCACCUGCUAAUAAGUUUUCAUUGAAUCCCGCUAAAAAAGGAUUUUUCGGUAAAGUAAUGUCUUCAGUCGUGAAAAGAAUGCGCAGAAAAGAAGAAGAACGACCACCGCCGCAGGAAAAGCGUAUUGCCGCCGCCACACAAGACUCGGAGUCAUCCGACUUCGAGACUCCCAUGAUCCCGAAACAACGGCCGGUGAAACACGUGUCCUACGCGCCCGCUGCGCAAACGUGGAGAGAAGGGAGUGCUCGCCCCACGGUCACGUCAUCAAAGACGCGGCGCUUAGGACAGUCAGCGUACCGGCGACCAGAACGCCCCGGUCAGCAAUCCCAGCGCAUGCCAAAAUACGUCCAUGCCCGGCCCCGCAGCGUACUUCGCCCUCACGCUGGCAGCUCUCAAAUCCGACGCACCCUCUACAGACCACAAGCACCGAACCGACCGCGAACACCACCCGAAUAUAUGAAGCGAGUCCCACACAAUCAAUACGAUUGGCGAACGACGCCCAAUUCUAGGUCCGCUCAUCGCAUGGCGCCGACGAACGACUACAAACCCAGAAUCCCCACGAAAAGCCCGGGGCUAAAAAUAACUAAUAAGACUUGGAUGAGGAAACCGGUGUACCAUUUAGGGUUCGCCUGUGGCCCGGAGAAGGAGAAAAUUAUGAUGAAUUAUUGAGUGGAGUGAGCGUUCAGGUUAUUCGAAAUUGUUAGUGAAG